AUGGAAUUCCGCACUCUGCCACAUGCUGUGAGAGAGAUCGAGCGGUUGCGCCAACGCGUCCAGGAACUUGAGCAUAAACUCGAAAGUGCUACCACCAGUACCAACAACAACGACGACCAGUUAUUGCGAAAUCAAAGCCGACAAUCGAGGACAAAAAAGGGAUGGCUUGGGAUUCAUACACGCACGGCAUACUCGUCACAAACCCAAUGGUAUGGGCCGUCGUCGGCCUUCUACUUCAUCGGGCGCAUGAGCGCAUACCUCAGCGCCGCUCUCGACCAACCUCAAGAUGAUCAUAACAUGCAACCUAACUCCGCCUGUCGCACCUUUAUCUGCCCUACCUCGCCGACACACGUCCCCGAAGAACCACCAGCGCCUUCUGGGUUCGUGGAUGCUUCUGCGGGAUCGGAGACGUAUUUAAAUGGCAUUGAAGAAGACUACUUUCUGGAUCUGUUCUGGCAGUCAUACCAUCCCAUCUACCAGAUUCUUGACGAGGCCGAAUUUCGAGAACAUUACAAAUCUCUGUGGGUGGAUUCAGCUACCACGCGAAAACCUUCCGCGCUGGUUGAUAUUAUCCUCGCUCUAUGCAUGCAAUAUGGUGUUGCCUUGACGUCAAACAGCGGUAUUGAUCCCGCCAUCACCUCUAGCCGACCUCAUGGACAGGUCGACAUCAGCGACGCCAGUAUCGCAGGCCGAUGGUACUACCGUCGGUCACAAUCUCUCCUCACGUCGGAGCUGGAAAGUCCUUCCAUCACGACGCUCCAGUGCCAUAUCUUUUCGGGCGUCUAUUUGUGCAAUGCGUCCUUCCAGAACAUGGCACACACUACUGUGGCCCUCGCUGUGCGCACCGCUCAUAUUCUUGGUCUCCAUCUGGAACCACCUGUGAAUCUGCCGCGUCCUCAACGAGAGUUGCGCAAGCGCAUCUGGUGGACGUUAUACGCGAUCGAGAGCAGCACAUGCAUGAAACUCGGUCGACCAUGCACUAUGCCUGACAAUUCUGCGACGUGCCAAUUGCCUGCCGACGAUCAUGAGCUGGCUCGGCUAUCUGUGUCGAAUAUCGCUGCCUAUGGCGAUCAGGUGACGUGGUUGACGUACAGUCGCCUUGUCCCAACACUGGUACUAGCGGUACAAAAAUUGUAUCUUGCAUUCUUCGAUAAAUGUGCGGAGGUACUGGCUGCCAACGAUGCUAAGUGUGUGUACCUAGACUCUCCGUCUUUGGAAGCCUCGGCUGAGUUUCUCAUGUCACACAUGGACACUAUGCAGGAAUGGGUGCGCAGUGUUCCAGAUGCCAUGAAGACCAAGCGCAAGGGUGGUGGAGAGCCGUUCUCAACCGAUAGAUCCGAACUAGAUCUGGAACGCUAUGCUCCCUUGUGGUUGCAGCGCCAACGGCUUAUCCUGGAGCUUCUCUACCACAAUCUCUCUAUGAAUCUCUACCGGCUCCUCCUCCACUUUCCGUCCUUCCCAAACGUUAACCCCGAAGGUACACCCUUUGCUCAAGGAUGUGCAGUCUCCUGUGUCAACCAUGCGAUUGCGAUCACCCACAUCCUUCGUCAAAUUCUGACUUCCACGGAUUUCCUCAAUGGCUGGUAUCAUGCCUUUCAAUGGCAAUGGAACUCGACUCUUUCCAUGAUCGGUUUCAUUCUUGCCUACCCUUUACACCCAUCUACACCAGCCGCUCGCGCCGCCAUUGAAAGUGCUAUCACUGUCUUUGAGGCCUUUGGCAACAACUUCGCGGUUGCGGGGAGCGCCGCCAAUGUCGUUCGUGGACUCGUCGCCAAGGCGGACUUUCUCAGUGGCCGCUUUGGCGCUGCUGGUACUGGCACCGCCACCACCCUGACUCCUCCAUUCUCGGACCAGAUGGAUGGAUCUUCAGGAUAUGACGGGAACUAUGCGGGCUGGAAUACGCUGCCGCCAGAUGAGCCUUCCGCCAUGUUCCAGAGCACGCUGGUGGGGGCCAUGGGAUUGGCUCAUAACGUCGAUUCGUACUACAGUUUUGAGCCCUUGUAUGCAGGGUCAAGGGACCUGGCAGAUGCGUGGAACUUUAGCCACAAUUGA